AACAACAACAAAAUCCUUUGCCAUGAUUUGACAACUUACAAUUUCAAAACAAAUACAUCAAAUGUAUAUGAAUUAUCAUUGAACAUACAAUGUAACACAUACAGUUUAUUAAUGUGUUACAAUAGAAAACUUGAAUCUUAGUUUUGUUUUACAGAAAUCAGUUGCUGCCUUCAAUUCGAUUCGCAAUUAUCUUGUUGUUGUCAACCAGUAUGAAUUUGUCACUACCCCAACAAUUUUGGACAAAAUUAUUUAUUGUAUUAAAUAGUUGUUUUGUUAUAUUUGGUAUUGUACUACUUGCAUUGGGUAUUAAAGGAUUAGAAACAUUGAAUAAAUUCGAUACAAUUUUAAAUGGAAUCAUACCGCCUAUCAUUCCAAUAGCAAUAUUUAUAGGAUGCCUUAUUUUAAUUGGUACAAUGAUUGGUUAUAUUGGAUUAUGGAAACCAAAAAAAUUCAUUGUUAUACUACAUAUUGCAUGUUUAUGUCUUGCAGUAAUUAUUGAGAUUGCCAUAGCAACAGCGACAGCUACUACGGGAGAAAAAUUUCAAACAGCCGCUAAUCAUUCAGUACUACAAGCUGUGAAACAAUUUUAUUCAAAUCCUUAUUGUCAAGUAGAAAUGGAUAAAUUACAAAGAAAUUUCAGAUGUUGUGGAGCUACAUCAUAUUUGGAUUAUAUAAAAACAAAUAAAACUGUACCAUUCUCUUGUUUUAUUGGUAAAUUAGUUUAUGCAAGAGGUUGUGUAGAAGCAUUCAGUGAUUAUGCCCAACAUUAUAUUGUUGCAUUAAUUACUAUGUGCUUUGUAUUUGGUAUUAUUAAAGCUAUUUAUGUGAUUAUCUCUAUUUGUUUAUUUAAAAAUUCAUUGACUGCAAAAAAUGCAUCACCAUAAAUCUUACUACUUAUUUACUUAUUUACGCCUAUUACUCCCAAUGGAGUAGGAUAAUGAAGAUGAUAAACACCAAUUGUUCUCUUCUCUUUUCUUUUCAUUCUUUUUAAAAUUGUUUACUUAAUACAACAACAAUAAUCAUAAACAAUCAUGUCAUCAAUACAAAUUGAAUCAUUAUUGAUUAAAGUAAAGUCAUAUAUCACAUUUGACAAUCUGUAUUGCAUGGAUACUGUUGUUGAUUAUUUUUGGGCCAUUAUUAUUAUUAUUAUCAUUUUUAUUAUUAUGUAAUCAACAGAUUUAAUGAUAAGAAUAAAACAAACAUUGUUCUUUUUUGGUUACUUGUUUCUAUUACAUAAUAUGUAAACAACUGUAUACUUAAAUGAAUUGCUCAAAGAAUAUGAAUCUUGAAUAGUAGGAAUAUCAACAAAACACUUCACUUAACGCAGAGUGAACAUCCACUCUCUGAGAUGCAGGUAUAUUCAGCUGACGAGUCCUAAAUAGGACGAAACGCGAGUGAAACUGGAUUCCACUGCUAGCCACUAUCCAUC